UUUAAGCUAUAUUUUUUAAACCGAGCAAUGCCAACUAGCUAUUACAGAGAUAAAUUUGCAUGUCCUUUCGGAUGUCCAAUGCAUAUCUGUCGAAACAAAUGGGCUACCCAUAUAAUCAAAUGAAGUAAUACCAACAAGCCCACUAUCUUUGUUUGCAAAUUUUCGAUGUACCAUAUCUUCACCAAUCCAGAGAUGAGAGAUGAGCACAAUAAAGCAUGUUCAAUGAACAUGAAAUGAAUGGUCCCGAUUCUUGAUGAAGAAGCCCUUAAACCAGUCCCGAAGGGAACACCUUUGCCAAAGUCUAACAACAAAGCAAUGAAAGCUAAAGCUUGGUUCAAAAGAAUGGAGAACCAAAGAGUUAUGGCUAUGGUGAAACCAGGGUCAACUGAAAAGAAGAAAAUCACUAAGCCAGAGAAAGAUGCCAAUCCUUUUGAAAAUUUUGAGUCAAAAGAUGCUAAACCUGUGAAAACAACUGAAGAAAAGCCACCCACAGAUAUCAAGCCUGUAGCUAAGAAGGAAGAAGAGGACGAUGACUUUGGAGAAGAUCUCUUCCAGACCGGGAGUAAAGAAGAGAAACCUAAAAAGGAUACCCAAGACAAGACUUUGUAAGAACCUCAGCAUAAGCCUCACUGAAUUCUAUAAAAUUGAGUAAAACUCUUGGUUCAAUUUCUAAUCUGU